AUGUCUCAAUUUCGAAGAACGUCAAGUAAAGGUCCGCAAAUUGUACUUACUCCCGAAGAAAAACGAGUAUUUGGUCAACUUUUCCAACUUGCUGAUGUUGAUAAAAAGGGUGUGAUCGAAGGGCAACAUGCUGUCAAAUUCUUUUCAAAUUCUGGUUUAUCGCCUUCAAUUUUGAGUGAAAUAUGGCAGAUCGCAGAUAGUGAAAAUUUGGGGUAUUUGUCGCAGCAAAGCUUUAGUAUUGCCGUAAAGUUAAUCGCUAAGGUACAAAAUGGACAAUCGCCUGAUCCCGCUAAUAUUAAUGCUGCUUCACCUCUUCCACAUUUUGAUGGUGUUCAUAUAAUCACAACCGAAGACCGAGAAAAAUAUAUACGAAUGUUUAACACGCUAAAUCCUGUCAAUGGCGAUUUGGAUGGCGAUAAAGCUAGAGAUUUACUCACGAAAUCUAAAUUAGCCUUUGACAAACUCAGCCAAAUUUGGACAUUGGCUGAUACAAGAGGGCGAGGAAAAUUGGAUAUGGCGGAAUUUAUUAUAGCAAUGUAUUUUGUGCAAAAUACUAUGAACGGUACAAUUAAAAGCCUUCCGUCUGUACUCCCGGACGGAUUCUAUGACAUGGCCUCAGGAAUAACACCAAGUGCAUCAAUAAGCACAUCAUCUUUUCCAACUUCGCCGCAACCUCCUCCUAAGCAAAUUGCUGGUGUUGUGGAUUCUCCAAUUUCUCCUGUUAUUCAAGACUAUUCAUGGGACGUGACUCUUGAAGAUAAAGCAACAUACGAUAAAUAUUUCAAUUCCCUCGACGGAAUUAGUAAUAAAGGAUAUCUCACAGGCGAUGAAGCAGCGAGUUUCUUCAUGAAAUCUAGGUUAACGCCAAAUGUAUUGGCACAGAUAUGGGAUCUUGCAGACAUCAGAAAAUCAGGUUCUCUUAAUCGUGAUGAAUUUGCUGUUGCCAUGCAUCUAAUAGUAAAAAAGAUGAAUGGAGCGAUUCUGCCUACCGUUUUACCACCAAGCCUUAUUCCACCGUCAUUGCGAUCUAUGCCUGCAAGAUCAGGAACUAUAAGAAGCAGUCCCUCAGUUCCCUUAAUUGGAAGUCCCCCAAUGGGAAAGCGCGCAUCAUUGAUGAUGUUUGAGCAAGGUCUUAAUGUUUCAUCACCAUCGCCUUUUUUUAAUUCCAAUCCUAUUUCUCAUAGUUCAAACGACUUUGAUCUACUUGGAGAUACCGAUAUAAGCACCAAAGUGGCAAUUGAAAAUGGUGAAAUUAGGGCGCUCAAGACCCAAGCAGAUAAUUUAAAUGAUGCCGUUUCAGAAUUUAAAACGAGUCGAGCUAAUAUUGACACAGAUUUGGCCAACCUUGCAAUUCAAAAAAAUGAAAUAUCAACGCGACUUUCUCAGGUUCGUACCCUAUAUGAUUCUGAGCAUAGGUCUUUACAAGAAAUUCAAGCAAAUUAUAAAGCUGAGUACGAAAUCCUUGAGCGCGCAAGGCAAGAACUCGCUCUAGCUGAAAGAACGUUAGAAAGUUUACAAUUAGAAAGAGACCAAUUCCAAGCUAGUAUCCAAAAAGAUCGUGAUGAAAUGCUGGAUAUUAAAAGAAGAAUGAGACUUGCUGAAGAAAAAAAUGUGUCCAUAAAGGCUGAAAUUGAGAAACUUAAGACAGAAAAUAGAAAACAAAAAGGACUACUCGAUAUCAAUAGGAUGCAAUUGGCAUCGGCAGAGAAAGAAAAGGAUAAAGCUUUAAAAACUUUGCAAGAUCUUGAAGGUAUAGAUAUACCAGAUGAUGAUCCAUUUGGUACUGGGGCAUUUAUACCUCCAACAGUUAAUUCAUCUGACAGUUUCUCAUCACAAGGAAAUACAAAUUCGCAACCUAACUUGGAAUUUAUUGAUAAUUCGAGUCCGUCAAGAAUCAUCAUCCAUAAUCAACAUUCUUCAAUAUCAUCUCUUGAAGGUGGUGUUAAAAGAACAAUGUCAAAUUCUUCACUUGCUUCUAAUUCCACUAUAGGUACUUCUAGUGUCAAAUCGUCAUCAUUUAGUUCUUCAAAACUGGAAGAAACCAUGUUUGAUAAAUCCAGCUCUGUACCCAAUUCUAAGCCAAUUGAUGUAAAUAAUAUAUUUGGUGAAAAUACAGUGAGCACCACUCCUCAAAACAAUGAGACUACAGUUAGUGGUUCUCGUAGUGUAAAUUCAUUUGAUACUUCAUUUAAUACACCUUUUACAGUAUUUAAUAAAGAUAUAACAAAAUCUGAUAACGUUCCACAGCAAAUUGUUGAAAAGAGUGAAGAAAAAUCGGACACUGAUCCUUUUGCAUCAUUCAGCAAUUUCAAAAGAUCAUCAACUGGUAAAACAGAUUAUACUUCAACCUUCUCAACGGCGUUGAGUUCGAAUAAUGAUAUAACAUCAGAAUCGUUUGCAACUGAGUUCCCUAGUAUAGAAGAAAUUGAAGCAUCUGUAGAAAGCGGAUCUAAAAUAGGAUUUAAUAAUGAUUUUUCUAGCAUUCCUACUAAUACAGAAAAUGAAAAUGAAAUCACUUUAAAUUCGGAAGUUUUGACUUAUAACCCUGUAUCGAGUGAACUAGAAUCCGCUUUGCCAGGAAACUCAUCAAUUGGCAAGGAGAUACCUAUGGAAGAGGUCAAAGAUAAAAUAAACGCAUCUAAUAAAGAGGUGGAAUCAUCUUCUGCUCCUAUUGCGGGAGAAAUGUCGGAAUCUUUGGGAGGAGGAUUGACAUCUCUGAAAGAUUCUGAACCAUGGAUUUCUGUAGAGAAGUCAUCUGAAUCAAAAUCUACAACCCAAAUAGAUGAUUUUGAUGCGGUAUUUGCAGACUUAACAGAUGCCAAAGUAACAAAAACUCCACCUAUUAACUUUGAUGCAGAUUUUGAUGACACAGACUUUAAGGAAGAUUUUAAUCCCACAUUUGAUGCACCUGUCACGCAUUCUAAAGUUGCAUCCAAUACAAGCAGUAUCGGAAGUAACAUGGGUGUAACCUCAUCAAUUAAUUCAACAAAAAAUAGUUCAACAGAUUUUGAUAAAUUUGGUAAAGCAUUUGGUGACUUUGACCCCUUUUCAUCAAGCGUAACUUCAAAUGCUACUAAACCCAACCUGGUAGAUGCAGCAUUUGGUGGAAUUUCAGGAGAGCCACAAAAAUCAACAAACCCAUCUAUUGGCUUUGAGGAUGCAUUCGAGGAACUACUCCUUAGACCAACGGUACCAUCCACCAAAACAGAACUACCAUUUGAUCCAAAGUCCACAACAACUAAUGAUUCAAAAAAAUCAAUUUUAUCUGAAGUUUCACAACCAAAGGUUCAAAGCAUGAACGACAAUGAUGAUGAUGUAGAGCAAGUCAAACAAUUAAGAGCUAUGGGAUUUUCGAGGGAAAAAGUUAUAGACGCACUUGGGAGAUACGAUUAUGACGUAGAAAAGGCAUCCAAUUUUUUGUUGGAAAAUCCUUGA